CCAUAGCCUGUCACACGCGCGCCUUCAAGGAUUGCGCCUGCGUUCUGGCACAAGCCAAUGGCGCGCGGCUCUUUUGUCGUUAGGCGUCAACGGCGUCGUUGUUGUUUUGCCUGUAGUAGAAGGUGCUUUCGCGUCGUUGUGUCUUUCUGUCGCGCGCCUGUCCCUGCCUCCCUUCACUGCUCCAUUCCGUACAUGGUCCUUGCUGGAGACCGGAUCCGCCGCGUGCUGCUGACGGCGGUUGGAGCAACGGGCGAGCGCGGUAAUGGCGUCGUGCUCUUCUGAGAAGGAUAUCGCCUGCGAGGCCCAAAUAAGUCCCUCAGCGGAGAUUGAGCUGGGUGAUAAGAGCUCUGGAGAAAACAGCUGUGUUCGACCCCUGACUUCGUCCCCUCGGCCGGUGAGAGCUGCUCAGCGGGAGAUGAAGCGCAAGCCGGCGGAGUCCGAGGAGUUGGAAGAAGCGAAUGUUCUGCCGCCGGUUUACGUGUCAACUGUCAAAUUCACCCCAGAGAGCAGGAUGAACCUGUACUGUGAUCAGAUUUUAGCUUCUUGCAAGGCAGAAGAAGCAGAUGAAGCAAUGAGCAAGUACCUCACUGAAAAGCUUCGUGCAAGAAGUACAUGGUUAGGAGUAUGGAAAACAAAUCCAGAGCUCUUUUUUGUAAAGUAUGAUGAAGGAUCUAUACCCUAUGUUGGUGUCUUGGUUGAGGUCACAUGCAGGCCUCGACAAAGCCAAUCUUCUCAUUUGCGAGCUACAGUAUCAAUCAUAGAACCAUAUUCUUCUAAUAUCGCUAAUCUGCCAAGAGAACUUGUUGAGGAAGUUUUGGACGAGCUAGAUCACUGUGUUCCAUUGUUGGAAGUUUAUCCAAUAGAUGAUCAGGAUUCUGCUGUAUGUGGUAUUGCUCAAGCUCUGGAAAAUGUUAGGUUCUUUUAUGACUUUCUGUGGAGAGACUGGGAUGAUGAGGAAGGCUGUGAAAAUUACACUGCACUUAUAGAAGAACGUAUACGUUUAUUUUAUGAUAUUCAAGAUGGAACAAUACCAGGCCCUGUAGGUCAACGUUUCAAAAGGACAUUGGAAAAAUAUAGAAACAAACGUGUGGAGCUUAUAGAAUACCAAAGCAAUAUACGAGAGGAUCCAUCUGCAGCUGAAGCAGUGGAAUGUUGGAAAAAAUAUUACGAAAUCCUAAUGAUUUGUGGACUGUUAAAAAUCUGGGAAGAUUUGCGUCUUAGAGCACAUGGCCCAUUUUUUCCACGAAUAUUGAGGCGUAGAAAAGGACAACGUCCUUCUGGAAAAAUUGUAACUCACAUUGUGGCAAAAAUGAUGACAGCUGACAUGGUUAAGGAUUUCUCUGCUAAUACACUAAUUCAGCAACAUGACAACUUAGAUGCAUCCUUAGACAAUUGCUUCAGUGGAGACACAGUGGUAAUUUUUCCUGGAGAAUAUCAUGCCUCAGGAUUUGGAAUGUUAACAGAUGAUAUUAUUAUUAGAGGAGAACAUAUUGAUUGGUGUGAAGAAGUUAAGGUUCUGGCUACUCAAGACAGUGAUGUUGACACUGCUGCAAUCCUACUGUGUGACCAGUUGUACAGCAGAUUUCCAAAAGAGGAAUCAAUGGAAUGGCAUGCAUUUUACAGGCUGCAAUUACCAAGGCAACUCCUGAUGAAUUUGAAAAAUACAGGGUUGUGCAACUGAUAUCAAAAUAUUUUGCUCUUAUACCAAACUCUGAAGGAAGUGUGGCCACAAAGAAAUGUGAAUGAUACUCUGGUUUAAAUUUUUUGAUUGUGAAAAAAAGUCAAGAUGGGUUCUAUUCAGACAUUCAGCAAGUUGGUGAACUGAACUGUAAAAGCCGAUCAGUUUCGGGAAUAACCGUUCUUCUAGACAUUUGUGCAACAUUUCAGGCAUUAUGUU